AUGCAAAUAUUCUAGUUGUCUAAGGAUAUAAUAUAGAGUGAAAAGCAGUUUGCAGUGUCUUUUAUUGCAAAAUUUUUCAUUGAAAUUGCUGACGAGACUAUUGGUUUAGAUAAAAUAAGAGAUAACUCUGCAUCUCUUACUUUAGUUUUAGAUACCAUGAUAGACUUCGGUUUACCAUCCCUUACCGAGAAAUCCAUAAUAGUAAAUAUGCUUUAGAAAUCAAGCGUGCUAGACAAAGCUUAGAAUGCCCUCUAUGGCCAAGUUAGUGAUAAGCAUUCUAAUUCACUUUUGAAUGCUGUGAGUUAGAUUACAAGCAAUCCCAAUGCUUUCUGGAGAUUCAAUACAAAUACUACGAAUGCUGGUACAGAUUUAUCUGCCCUUAAUUAAGAUGGAAAUAGCUCCUUAAGUGUUACAGCUUUUGUAAAAGACUGUUUCGUAGAUUUAAUUGAAUAUGUAGAUUGCAUUUUUAAUGAAGCUGGAGACAUUGAAUUAUAGCAGAUAACUGGAAAGAUUGAAGUGGAAACUAAAUUACCAGGAUCUAAACCUAAAAUACAAAUAAAAUGCAGAUUCAACAAAGAUAUAGAGGACUAUUAAUGUCAUAGAUAAUGUGAAAAUAGAGAACUCCAAAAUCUUGGGAAUCAUGAGUAUAGCAUCACUUCAUUUACUCCUCCCUUUGGAAAAUUUACACUUCUGCAAUAUGCUUGCAAACCAUUUAAAACAGCACUUCCUUUUCAAAUGAAAGCAAAUUACACUGUAAAUUAGUUAUCAUAAAAAUCAAGGACUUUACCUUUACAGGGAAUCUUAUUGAGUAAAUUAUUUGUAAUUUACAAGGAAAUUUAUCAAAAGAUGACUAGACAGUGUUUAGGGGAUGCAACUUUAAAAUUUAAGCUCGAGUUCUUACAAACUCCAUUUGUUCACUUAAGCAACACUCUGUCUAAUAGCUGUAAGGAUGAGAAAUUAGCAACAAUAUAAUUUUUCCAUUUCUUUGGAAUUAAGUCUGUGUGUAACUCUUCCUCAAGUUGCUUCAAUAAAUUGGUUGAUAUUCUUUCACCAGUACACAUCUCUCUAAGCAAUAAUAGUUCUGCUUUCACAGCAUCAAAUAGUGAUGACGCUACAGAAACUUCACGAUCUAAUAAUCUGAAUUUGCAAAUUCUCAUGACUUAUUAAACAUACCAUUCGAUAGUGAAAUAAUUUUUAAUUGUUUUUGUAAUGAAUAAUAGAUUUUAAGAUAGAGUAUGCGUAAUACUUGGAGGCACAAAGGGUAUCGGACUAGCCUCAGCGAAAAGAUUCGCCUCAGAAGGUGGAAUGGUAGUAACCACUUCAAGCUAAGACAAGAAUUUAGAGCAAGCCAGAGAGUAGCUUAAAGAUUAAAAACACAUUGAUGUUUAAAAGUGCGACAUAUCAAAGAGAGAUCAUAGAUAGUUAUUGAUAGAGUAUGUCAAGAAGAAAUAUGGCAGGAUUGACGUGUUGUUUCUUAAUGUUGGAACGAUCAUUUAUUUCGGUGAUUAAUUAGAUAUUACUGAGGAGUAAUAUGAUAGAUCCAUGGAUUUAAAUCUUAAAGCUACAUUUUUCAUGAUUAAAGAAGCCAAAUCUAUAAUGGCUCAAGGCUCUAGCAUUCUUAUAUCAUCCAGUAUGGCUGCUUUUGAUCCUUUUUAUAAAAUUGGAGUUUAUGGGUUAGCAAAAUCUGCAAUUAAUAAUCUUGUCAAAAGUCUCUGUGAAGAAUUAAGAUAAUACGAGAUUAGGAUUAACUCCAUUGCUCCAGGUCUAGUUGAUACUGAGAUGGUAUAAGAUGUGAUUUAAUAAAACCCUGAGAAAUAUAAGAAGAUAGCUGCAAGACCAGAGUAAAUUGCAGAUUUUGUAGCUUCAGUUUGCUCGAAGGACGGGAGCUAUCUUAAUGGAGAAUGCUACAUGAUCCAUGGAGGAUAUACAAAGCUUUGA